AUGGUUCUGACCAACCUGCCACUAAGCUCCUUAUUGGCCAAACACCUGAUCAGGUACGUGGAGAACUUCUACCGCACAGGUCACCUGCAUGUCAUGGAGGAUCUCUGCGAGAUCUCCUUUCUGCAGGAGAUCCAGUACUGGGGCCUGGACGAGCUCUGCAUCCCCCCCUGCUGCCGAGAGCGUUACUACCGCCGCAAGGAGCAGAGGGAGUCGCUGGACGAGCGGCGAGGGCUGGCGGACGACGACCAGGAGGAGGACUUCGUGGGUGCGGCCUGCCCGGCUCUCCGGCAGUGCCUGUGGGACCUUCUGGAGAGGCCCGAGUCGUCCUGCGCCGCUCGCGCCGUGGGGUCGCUCUCCAUGUUCUUUGUGGUGCUGUCGGUCAUCAACAUGGUCCUGAUCUCGCUGGACUUGGGGGAGGACCUGGGCGAGUGGGGGCCGGGCGGCGGGCUGCUGGACGUGCUGGAGUACGUGUGCGUGGUGUGGUUCACGGGCGAGCUGCUGCUGCGCUUCCUGUGCGUCAGAGACAAGUGCCGCUUCGGCCGCAGCAUCCCCAACCUCAUCGACCUGCUGGCCGUGCUGCCGUUCUACGUCACGCUGGCGGUGGAGAGUCUCCACACGGGCACCACCGACCUGGAGAACAUGGGCCGCGUGGUGCAGGUGCUCCGCCUCCUGCGCUCGCUGCGCAUGCUCAAACUGGGCCGACACUCCACAGGUGAGGAGACAACAGAACACACGGCGAGGGUCAGGAGGUUCUGGUGCUUCAUGAGGAUCCACUAGGUUCAGGUCUAUCACGUCCUACAUGUUUGACCUCGAGGGGGGCCGCACCUCCUCGGCAGCACAGAGGAGUCGCCGUGAAUCUGCCAGAGAGGAGCAGCAGGAGUCGUUCAGGACUUCACUGCUGCUCCUGGUUCUGGGAGGACUCUGGUCCUGCGGGCCCAGCUUUGAUGGAACCAUCAUUCAUGCUGACUGACGGGUUCUGUUGGGGGCGGCGGUGGACGACCUGCAGUUUACCAAUCCUGGAAGACA